AUGGUUGAGGUCUGCGACAACCUGCUGUGCUGCGGAUCUAAGCGCCAUGGGGUAUUUGCCCAGAGCGGUCAAAUGUCUAAGUUAACCUUACUCGCUCUGAUCAAUACCAGAGUUCGUUUAGUCUGGUCUCUGAAACUGACCCACCUGGCCCGUGGUUCAAGGCUCCCUUCCCUCAUUGACACCAUCGCACAAGGUAGUAUUGACCUGUGGAACUCGGACAACCCCUGGGCAAUGAGGCAUGUUGACCGGUGGGCGACGUGGACAAGUCAUGGGGUGUUGUUGGAUCAAUGCGACGGCAUUCACUGGGGAAAGAAACCCAGGACAACGAAUCCUCCUCAUUUAAGUGUUUCCUGGUCUCCCCUCCUCUUUAUUGUAGCCUCGCAGUGCUGUACGUCUUCCGCAUGGCAGGCAAUACACGUACUGUAUCUGGAUCUUGCCAUUUGCGCCGGUUUCUGCAUGCGCAGUUCCCCCACUCACACCACGUUUUGCGAUUUCACUCCCGCUCCCCAUGGCCAAGAGACACUACCGGGCCUGGACUCCCGGCGAGGGACAGGACUAUCUAUCAUGGGUAGGGCGCCAUCUCCAUUUAACGUGGCCGGAGAGGGCUCGGAAAUACUCGAUCGAGCGCAAACCCAGAACGAAAGAAUCUCUGCGGACCAGAUACCGGCUUCUGGAGAAAGACAUAGGACGGCACCGCCGGCCGAUGUGCAAGACGCCAUCGCGGCUCAGACGUCGGAUCUCCAGGAGACAGGGCCGGCCGACGCAAAAUUUUGGUCUAGUCCUAUCUCGGUCAGCACCUCCACCCCUUCCGAGCAUCGUUCAGACGGCCCAGCCCCUCUAAGAAUGCGGAUGAUGAGGCCACCGGCCUCUACACGCGUCGCCCCCCGGCAGAAUCACGGUCAGACCGCACGGUCGACUCAGGGUCCGAAAUCGACCGUCCAGUCCCCAGCUAAAUGUGCGCACCGUCGCGGGUUUGAGACGCUUUGGGUUCGUAAAGGUCCGCGGGAUCGCCCCGGGGACGAGAAAAACAAUGGAAUGCCGUCGCGGUCGUUGAAUGCACCCUCCAAAAUCGAUCUGUUGUGGCGUUUAACAUACCACGUCUUCGGUCGCACGAGGCAGUAA